AUGUCGACCUGGUCCGACAACCUGACCAUGGAGACCAUGGCAAGGGAGAGGGCCAACCCUCCCUUUGAUGUUCGAAAGAUGUCGAUCGAGCACCACGGUUCUGAAAACGACCUCGUCAAGAAGGAAAAAUUCAUGCUCGAAGCGAGUCGUGACCCCGUCUUCUACUCGGCAGACAUCUACGAUCUCACAACGGAGCAGAUUCGUGAGCGAACCAUGCAGCGUAUCCAGCGUCUCGCUCACUACGUCACCAGCGAGUCGGUCGAUGACUUCCAGAAGCGCAUGGAGCUCAUGUCUCUCCUUGACCCUGGCCUUUGGACCCGUCUUGGUGUUCACUACGGUCUUUUCCUUGGUGCUAUCCGAUCUGGUGCCACCCCCAACCAGUUCUCCUACUGGAUGGAGAAGGGCGUUAUCGGCUGCAACGGUAUGUUUGGCUGUUUCGGUAUGACCGAGCUUGCUCACGGUAGUAAUGUUGCCGGCCUCGAGACAACCGCUCACUUUGACGCUCAGACCGACGAGUUCGUCAUCCACACACCUAACCUUGGCGCCACAAAGUGGUGGAUUGGUGGUGCUGCCCAGACCGCCACUCACUGUUCCGUCUUUGCACAGCUCAUUGUCAAUGGUAAGCGGUACGGCACCAAGACCUUUAUCGUGCCUCUCCGCGAUCCCAAGACCUUCCAGCUUCUUCCCGGCAUCAAUAUCGGUGAUAUCGGCAAGAAGAUGGGUCGUGACGGUAUCGACAACGGUUACAUUCAGUUUACCAACGUUCGCAUCCCUCGUGCUUACAUGCUCAUGAAGCACACUCAGGUCACCCGAGACGGUGAGGUCCGAGAGCCUCCUCUUCAGCAGCUCACCUAUGGUGCCCUUCUCCAAGGCCGAACCGCCAUGGUAUCUGAUGCCGCCAACACCGCCAAGAAGGCUUUAACUAUCUCAGUCCGAUAUGCCGCAGCCCGAAGACAGUUCAAGUCGGAUGCAAAUGCCAAGCACGAGACUCAGAUUCUCGACUACCCCAUUCAUCAGCGACGUCUUAUGCCUCUGGUCGCUCAGGCCGUCGCUUUCGGAUACACCUCCCUUGAGCUCCAGCGUCUCUUCGAGGAGACUUCGCAGGCGCUCGAGGCCCUUGAGCCUGGUGACCCGAACCUUGACGCUACCAUCGAGAAGCUCAAAGAAACCCAUUCCACCAGUGCCGGUCUCAAAGCUUUCUGCACAUGGGCCACUCUCGAAACCAUUGACCGAUCUCGACAGGCUUGUGGUGGUCACGGAUACUCGUCUUACAACGCUUUCGCCAAUAUGUACUCGGACUUUGCCGUCCACUGCACUCUUACAGGUGACAACACCAUUCUUGCUUUGCAGUCUGGUCGUUUCUUGAUCUCGGCAUUCCAGGAUGCGCUCGACGGCAAGAAGCAGGUCUCUCAGGGUACCAUGUACAUGAACGAUCUCGACAAGGUUCUGACGGCCAAGUGCGAAUCGAACGUUGCUCUCGACACGCUUGAUGGUAUCGACAGAGGUUGGGCCACCGUUGCCGCCCAUGCGGUCAAGAAGGCAUCCGAGGAUUACCAGGCAUGCCUCAAGAAGGGUCGCAGUCGAGAGCAGGCUUUCGAGGACUGCUCGCAGGUUCGAUUCGUUGCUGCUAGCGUUCACACCAGUGGAUAUAUCUUCCGUCAGUUCCGCUCCGCCGUCGAGCGUGUCGAGAAGACCAAAGAUGGUGUGCGCGAGCACCUCGAGUUGUUGGCCAAGUUCUAUGGUCUCUGGCAGAUGGAGGAGAAGGCUGCCUUCUUCUUGCGCAGUGGCUGGUUGACACCUGAACAGCUCGACUAUGCUACCGCCAAGGUCACCGAGUAUUGCGAAAAGACGCGUUCAUUCGUCAUCCCCCUUAUCGACUCGUUCGCCAUCUCUGACCACGUUCUCAACUCGCCCAUCGGCAGGUAUGAUGGUGACAUCUACCGCGAGUACUUCCGCAUGGUUCGCCGCAACAAUCCACAGCUCAAGGAACACCCAUACUUUGAGCGCCUCAUCCGACCAUUCAUCGAGGGAGCGACAUCAGAGAUCGAGGACUUUGACGAGGCUAUUGGCAUCGACGAUGAGAUCGAGGAGAUCAAGCAGGACCGCGAAGAAGCCGAGGCCGAAGCUAAAGCACAGGCUGAGGAGAACAAGAAGCAGUAA